AUGAACAAAUUCUUGGUAGACCUCAAAGGCAAGUUGCUAAAAAUUCCAGUGGCUUGGUGGAUAACACUGCUUGUAAUUGUGUUCAUCUUAGUUGGCCUAUCAUUUCUGUCAAAUGUUUAUGAUUAUGUCGGGUUACGGUAUCGACGAGUACGUGCAAAAUCGCAGCUCGCUCAAUUCGACGAGAUGAUGACACGAAUUGGGCAGGGUACUGUAACUGGCACACCUCUUGCUCCAAAUGAACAAGUUUUGCGUGCUGUUUGUAAAUGUGAAGUCGCUGCCAGACUCUGUCGUGAUUUCUAUCGUGUAUCGUCCGUAUCACCUAUCGCAUUUGAAUGUGAUGUUACUACUGCGUCGUACAAUCGCAUGCCACCUACUCCAAGCAUUUCUGUUUCGACUUAUGAAAUCAGCUCUGAAGCAACGCAUGUUAUCUGA